AUGGGCAAAGGAUCGAAUGUUCAAAAGGCGCAAGCAGCGCGAGAGCGCAACCAGAAAAAGAUGGGCAAAUCGGACGAAGAACGAAAGGCUGCCCAAGCCAAAUCCAAAGCCGAUGCCGCCGCGUUUAUGUGUUUGGCAUGUCGUCAAACCUUCAUGGCGAAUGCCCGACCUCCCCUCCUCUACCAGCACGUUAUUGCCAAGCAUCCCGCCGGGACCGAUCCAGCCUCGUGUUUUCCACAACUCAAAGAUUUUGAUCCCAACGAUCCCAAGGGAGAGAAAAAGCCCCCCGCGGGAGGAGCUGGUGGACCCGUCAAACCCAAGAAAACCAACAAAAAGAAAGAUGACAAUUUGGAUGCCUUGUUGGAUGCUGGAUUGGGUGGAAACAAGAAAAAGGGUGGCAAGAAAUAA